AUGCCCGCCGUCCGACCGACUACCGCCGUCCGGGCCUCGCGCGCCCUCAAGCAGCAGACUGCCUCUCCUGCUGUCGCCGCACGGUCCUUCUCCGCCACCCCCAGAGCUGCCGGUGGCGCCCACGGCCCUCAAUACGACCCCCCGAGCGGCUGGCUCUUUGGUGUCAAGCCCGGCGAGAAGUACCAGAAGGAGGGCUGGGAGACUCCUUUUUUCUACGGAUUCUGCGGGAGCUUGCUUCUUGCCGCCGUUGCGUACGGUUUCAAGCCCGAUACCUCCAUACAAACCUGGGCUCUCGAGGAGGCACGGAGGAGAUUAGAAGCCGAGGGUAUCCUUGAGGAUCCUGCCAAGAAGUAA